GGUCUCUGUCCACUUUACUCCCUCUCUGUCCACGCUCCUUGCUUGACCAGCUCCUGUUCCUAAACCACUAGCCCUCACCUUCUCCACUGCCACUUUCAGUUUCUCGUACCGUGAGCCCUACUCACCAACGCCAAGAUGGAGGCUGUCAAGAAGAAGAUGCUGAUGCUCAAGCUGGAUAAGGAGAACGCUCUGGAUCAGGCAGAACAAGCGGAGACCGACAAGAAAGCAGCAGAGGACAGAAGCAAACAGCAUGAGGAUGAGCUGAUUCAGAUGCAGAAGAAACUGAAGGGAACUGAAGAUGAGUUGGAUAAAUACUCAGAGGCCCUGAAGGACGCCCAGGAGAAACUGGAGAUAGCUGAGAAGAAAGCUGCAGAUGCUGAAGCAGAGGUGGCCUCUCUGAACAGGCGUAUCCAGCUUGUUGAGGAAGAGUUGGAUCGUGCACAGGAGAGAUUGGCCACAGCCCUGCAGAAGCUGGAGGAAGCUGAGAAGGCCGCAGAUGAGAGCGAGAGAGGGAUGAAGGUGAUUGAGAACAGGGCUCUGAAGGAUGAGGAGAAGAUGGAGCUCCAGGAGAUCCAACUCAAGGAGGCCAAGCACAUUGCUGAGGAGGCCGACCGCAAAUAUGAGGAGGUGGCACGUAAGCUGGUGAUCGUUGAGGGAGAGUUGGAGCGCACAGAGGAGAGAGCAGAGCUUGCUGAGAGCAAAUGUGCUGAGCUGGAGGAGGAGCUGAAAAAUGUCACCAACAAUCUUAAGAGUUUGGAGGCCCAGGCUGAGAAGUAUUCCCAGAAGGAAGACAAGUAUGAGGAAGAAAUCAAGAUCCUCACUGAUAAGCUGAAGGAGGCUGAGACCCGUGCUGAAUUUGCUGAGAGGUCUGUGGCCAAACUGGAGAAAACCAUUGAUGAUUUGGAAGAGAAACUAAGAGAUGCUAAAGAUGAGAACGUCAAGAUCCAUGCCACUUUGGACCAGACCCUGAGCGAGCUCAAUAGUUUCUAAGGAAGACCUGGAGCAGGAAAAAAAAGCCGCCUCUUCCCUUCCUGACACCUUCAUCUCAUUUGGUUUCUUUGUCUCUGCACAUCUGAUUCUUCUGUUUUUCUGAUCCCUUUUUUUUUUUUGCUGGAGGAUGGGCUCACCAAGCCAACCAGUAAAAAUGUGGUGCCUCUCGAUGGUUCAAAAGUACUUUAAUCUUUCUGGAGCAUUUAAGCUUCACUGCUCAUCUCCUCCGAAAAUUCCAAGUGAUUUCAGGAACAAUCUACUAUGGUAUUCCUAAAGUGUCGAAUGUUAAAUGCUAGCCAUAUGGUAGCAUUUUGGUCUUUGACCAUCAGCCAGUUCUCUCAAUAAUUGUUUAAUUUUACUGGAGACUGAUUUACUUAACAUUUUGUGCCAUAAAAGUCUCAGUCCCAGCUUGGCUUUAGAUCCUUUUUUCCCUGAUGAUCAUGUGACCGGAUGUUUUUGCUGGUCUUGUUGAUGCCUGAUCCACUGCUCUCCUCUUACCUCUUCACACUCUUCGUCCUGCACUAGUUUCUGUUGCCUGUUUGUCGGCGUCACAGGUUUUGGGACCAAAGCCACAUCAUGUGGUCUGUAACAGUAUGCACAACCAUGCCGCAAUGAACUUUGUUUUUUUAUUAUUAAAAGCAUUUGCUUCCAUUUGGAGUUUGAGUAAUAUAUGUAUUCUUUUUUGGGGUUUAAUCCCCCUGCAUUUUAACACACAACUUUACUUUUGCAAACCACUAUUUGAAAUCCUGCACUGUUAUGGGCUUAUGGUGGACAUCUUUUGAGCAGAGGAGUCCAAGUCAUGUUUUUUUCAGGUGGCCCGUUUUGUUAUUUUUUAUUUAGUUUUAUUUGCUUUAAAGAGCCAUAUUCUAUCCAGGGAAGAAAGGUUGAAGAUUAUGAAUUUUUUUUUAAUUUUUUGUUUUUUUUAGUGAGUUCAAAGCAGUGGCACUGCCAGAUUCGAAAGUUCCAAAAGCCAUGCAGAUCUAAAUAUGUAUUAUGAACACAGUAAAUGGGAGCGAAAUGUAACACUUAAUAGUAUAAAGAUUAAAAGGGGUGAACACAAAAUUUUAAGUGGAAAAAGGCCACAAUGAUGUGUAAUCACUUUGUUACUGUCUGUAUCUUGUGUAAUGAUACCUAAAUAAAAAAAUAAAAUAAAGACCAUGAUUUUUACUGUCA